AUGGUUGAUAAAGUUAUUAUUGUCACUGGUGUGUCUAGAGGUAUUGGUAGAUCCAUUGUUGAUAGAAUCUUCACUCACAGUGACGAUGCCGUCGUUGUUGGUAUCGCCAGAUCUGAAAAACCUUUACUAGAUAUCAAGAACCAAUAUGGUGAUAGAUUUGAAUUUGUCGUUGGUGACAUCACUGACUCUGACAAAUUGAAACAAUUAGUUCAAUUGGCUUUGGACAAAUUCGGUAAGAUUGACUCUGUGGUGGCUAAUGCUGGUGUCAUUGAGCCAGUCCAAGAUAUCUUUAAUGUUGACAUCGAGGCUUGGAAAAGAUUGUACGAUAUCAACUUCUUCUCUAUCGUCUCCUUAGUUAACAUCGCCGUUCCAUAUUUAGUUAAUUCCAAGGAUACCAACAUCAUCUUUGUCUCCUCUGAUGCCUCGGAUACUUACUUCAGUAACUGGGGUGCUUACGGUUCCAGUAAGGCUGCUUUGAACCAUCUAGCCAUGACUGUUGCUAAAGAAGCUAAGCAUGUCAAAUGCUUGUCUGUGGCUCCAGGUAUCGUUGAUACUUCCAUGCAAGUCAACAUUAGAGAAAAUGUCGGCAAGAACAUGUCUAAGGAACACCACGACAUGUUCAAGAACUUUCAUGCUGAUAACAAACUAUUAGACCCUAAUGUUCCUGCUAACGUCUAUGCCCAAUUGGCUUUGAAAGGUAUUCCGGAUGAAAUUAAUGGUACUUAUAUUUCUUUUGAUUCUGAAAAAUUAAAGGACUAUCAAAUAUAA